AUGAUACCAGACGCGAGCUUUAUCGACAAUGUUAUCGUACGUAAGUCAACGUUAUAUGAGGUGGAGAAAGAUGUCAAUAUUUUGGAUACAUUCACAGACAGAGACAUGAUUCGCAUAGCGAAAAAUAUAAAUCGUGCAAAAUUACAACGAUUACCAAAGUUACCAAAAUGUAUGGAUGACGUACAUGACUAUUUGGAUAUGGACAAAGUGAUAUCUACGAAAAGAGAAAAUUUAGUAAUAUUCAACGAUAAAUCAUGCAAUGUUAUAAUAUUUUCAUGCGAAAGUAAUUUGAAAUUUAUGUGCAGUGUUGAAACUAUUUUGGUGGAUGGCACUUUUGACUAUUGUACAAAAUUCUUUCAGCAGAUGUUUACAGUAAUUGGUUUCAAAAAUAACAAAUAUGUUCCUGUUGCACUUAGUUUAUUGAAAGAUAAAAAAGAAUCAUGGUACAGAACUGUUAUGUCUUCACUGAAAAGUAAAUGUUUGGAAAUUAAUUUAAUAUUUAAGCCACAACAUAUAGUUUCUGAUUUUGAAAAAGGAAUUCUUCAAGCUGCAAGGAAAGAAUUCCCGGACACCACUUUAAUUGGAUGCAGAUUUCAUCUCAGUCAAGCCUGGUGGAGAAAAAUAGUGGGAUUAGGACUGACUGUAGAGUACAAGAAUAAGAACUCGGAAAUUGGAAAAUGGUUAAACUACGUUUUUGGAAAAACUUUUCUCCCCCCAGAUGAAGUAGGAAGUGUGUUUUUAGAAUUAAUCGCCGAACAACCUAUAGAUAUAAGAGUUACUGAAUUUAGUGACUAUUUAGUCGAUAAUUAUAUUGGCAAUGAUGCUACUUUUCCAACCACACUCUGGGCAGCUUUGAACAACGAUGUUUGGAGAACGAAUAAUGGAAGUGAAGCGUUCAAUUCCAAAUUCAAAACUUAA